AUGGCCAUAUCCCGCAUCAACCUGGUUGACGCCAACAUCGCCGACCUGAGAAAGGCCCUCGACUCAGGAGCCAUCACCAGCGUCGAACUCGUCUCCCUCUACCUCCACAGAAUCGGCUACUAUGACUGCCGCGGCCCCUCCUUCAACUCAAUUUGCGUCCUCAACCGCAAUGUCUUCCAAGAAGCCCAAGAGUCAGACAACUAUCGGGCUUCCCAUCCUCCUCGUCCGCUCGAGGGCAUUCCUUACACCGUCAAGGAUAGCUUCAAGGUCAAGGGCAUGACCGUGGCUGCAGGUUCGCCUGCUUUUGCGGAUCUUAUUGCUUCUGAAGAUGCUGCCAUUGUCAAGUCCCUCCGUGAGGCUGGAGCUAUCCUCGUUGGCAAGACCAACAUGCCACCCAUGGCCGACGGCGGCUCUCAACGCGGUGUCUACGGAAGAGCAGAAAGCCCCUACAACCUCACCUACAUGGCCACCGCAUUUGCGUCUGGAUCAUCCAACGGUUGUGGAGCAUCAACAACAGCGAGUUUCGCCGCAUUCGGACUCGCCGGGGAGACCGUCUCAUCAGGCCGAGCCCCUGCGUCCAACAACUCUCUGGUUGGCUACUCACCGAGCUGGGGCGUGCUACCCAAUAGGGGACAGUGGCCUCUCUAUCCCACCUGCGAUGUUAUUGUACCUCACACACGGUCGAUGCGAGAUCUCUUUGAUGUUCUCAAUGUUGCUGUGGCCGAUGAUGCCGAGUCAGCAAAAGGAGUCGACUUUUGGCGGAAUCAGACAUAUGUUCAUGUCCCAAAGCCCUCAGAAGUCCGUCCAACUGAUUACCACACCCUCGAAGAAAUAACAUCCCUUCAAGGAAAGAGAAUCGCGGUUCCAAAAUGCUUCCUCGGCAUGGAAGGCUACGAACCAACCUCUUUCUGCUCCGAUUCAGUCCUGAGCCUCUGGAAGAUUACAUGCGCCAACCUCGAGGCCCUCGGAGCCACAAUCGUCGAAACAGAUUUCCCCAUCCUCGAACAAUACACGAAAAAGGAUUUCUCAGGCCAGAGCUCCAACGUGCCCGGCAUGUCCAAGGAGUGGGUGAGCAUUGAAAGAUGCCAGAUGAUCGCCACAGCCUGGGAUGACUUCCUCCGAGAAAACAACGACGCCAAGAUUCCAAACCUUCCCGCUGCAGACCCCGACAAGAUCCAUCCCCUCGUCGCGCCUAUGGACGAUCCGACCUUGCACACCGAGUCCCAAAACCAAGUACGAUACGUCGACAUGAUCGAAGCGGUUCGCGAACGAAACGGAACUUUGUAUACACUCCCCGAGUGUGAAGAAGCCGCCAAGGCCCUCAACGCGAUGCGAAAGACACUAUAUGAGGAGUGGAUGGAUUCCAACGGGUAUGACCUCGUGGCUUUCCCAACCAACGGCGACGUGGCGUAUGCAGAUGCAGACGAGACGUUUGAGUCCAUGACGGAUGCUCUUCGUCCUGGUGUUUUGUACUCCAACGGAGGAAGAGCAUUCAAGCAUCUCGGCAUCCCCUGCAUCACUGUGCCGAUGGGAAAGAUGGCAGACAAGGGCAUGCCCGUUGGUGUCACCUUUUGUUCCAAGGCCUGGCAGGACCAAGAUCUUCUCAGAUAUGCUUUUGCGUACGAAACUAGAUCUCGGAGCAGAGCCACGCCCCCAUUAGCACCUCCUCUAGCUACAGACGAGAUUUCUCUUUCCCCCUCCAUUCAGGAGACAUUCAAAAAUGUCGUACCUGUCUUGACCAUCGCCUCCACAACCACUCAAAAAGACGAAGACAAGUCGAACCAAAUCCGCACUGUCGAAAUCAACGGGACUCUCGAGACAAACAACCCCAACGUCCAAGUGACAUCCGUAACAGCCUUUGUCAACGGCCAACCCUCCGAUGCCAUCACCGUUCAAGGUAGUAGCUGGGCUUUCAAGGAUCGCCUUACGAGGCCAAAAAGGGCGGAGCGGUUCCCGACAGCGAGGAUUGUGCCCAAGGAUCAGUUCAUGGUUGUUGUAGUUGCCAAGGGGUCUAAUGGACGAUGUGCGGCGGAACUGGUGGUGAUUGAUUAA